UGCUGUUGCCUGGCAACGGAGCUGAAACAGACGCACAGGUCCGCGUCUUCAAAACUUUACUUUAGUUCAACGCGAAAACUUUUCUCGGUAGAAACGACAAAACUGAAGACGUCUGACUUGUGUCGCCUCUUCACGUGAACUCAUCGAGAACAUGACAGACCCGGAGGAACACGUGGAGACACACGCACCGGCGGCUGGAAAACUGAUCCCAGCAGGAGACAGAGCUGAGAGCUGCCUGCAACAAGGGACGAGGCCCUCCACCCCACCGUUGGUACAGAAAUUUCGCAUCCAACCAGAACCAGGAGCUGUCAGAGUGCACCCAGGGAAGGCGAACGAUCCAGAUGUUGCCAGCACUCUUGUUCAUGGCAUCAGGACCAAAUCAUCUCUCAGUGCCGGAAGUUUGAUAAAUCCUCCCCCAAAGACUGUGUUCCAACACAAGCUACAAGAGCUCAGUGAAGCAGCUUCUUUGGGCAGAUCACGUGAUCAGCAUGUUGCACUUCCUACCUGGUCUAAUGAAGAGACUACCUUUGGUGUUAAAACAGUUAAAGAUUUUGAUGUGGGGGAGAUUAUCAACCCUCCAAAAACAGCUGAGGAGGUGGAGAGGGAAGCUCAGGAGGGGCAUGAAACUUAUGUCCGCAGCCACGAUGCCUAUUAUGUCGGUGAGCGGAUCGAUAGGAAGUACGACUGGACUCACGACAGUAAAGACAGCAGGUUUGGGAUCGUCACACCUCAUUAUAACGAUGGCCGCACUGUUGGCAAAUCUCUCUGCUGGAUCGGGGAGUCACGGAAGUUUUACGAUCCAAAGACUGUUUGGACAAGAUCUUGGGACAAGGACAGGAUGCAGCAAAAAACUGACAAAGCUGACAAGAUGAGAAAAACGUCCCUGAAUGUCUCACCAGAUCACACCUUUGGAAUGCCCAUGCCCCUGGAUGAGUUUGGUGCUGCAGAAGUAAUCCACUCAACGGAGCCAGGGACGUACGUGAGGGGUCGAGUCCUGCAGCGCAGCCUGGUCAACGCAGUGCAACACCAACUCAAGAAGAUCAAUUUCCAGAACUUUCCCUCCUUGCUACAGGCGUUCAGACAUUAUGACAAGAACGGAAAGGGGAUGAUUGACAGAGACGACCUACAGGCGGUGUGCUCUCAGUUCCAGCUGGAUGUUGGUGAGCCGGUCCUGGAUGACCUGAUUGAUAACUGUGACACAGACAAGGACGGACACAUUAACUUCCUGGAGUUUGCUAACUUCCUCAACUGGAAAGACAAGAUGCCAAUCAACGCUCAGGAUCAACGCAUCAUAACAAAUGCCAACAUAGAGAGGAAGUCUCUGUCACAAUCAGAACAGCUUCCUGCCACUCAGGCCUUGAUUCAACCUGAAGACCUGGAGCCUGUAGCACCAGGAAGCUCACAGAUGACUGUCAGGACCCUGAGGCGACCCAGAGCAGCCCCAGACCACUUCAUCACCUCCUCUUCCAUCUUAGGGGCAAUCAGUGACCAUCCUGUCACAACAAGUAAAUCAGCAAUAGACAUUUUCUGAUGAUAUAAAGAUAA